AUGAGAAAUUUGGUCACUGUUUCCAAUGGUACGAAGGAGUCGGAGUAUAAGAAAAUAUUACUCUCAAAUGUGAUGGUUACAAGGAAGAGAAACCUCUUUUGGGGACGUAAAUGGAGGACCCUCGACAUUAAAAUGGGUGUAUGGAUUCUUGCUAUCCAUUUACUGGCUCUUUUUGCACCAUUUACGUUCACUUGGGAUGCUUUAUGGGCUGCAUUUGGGAGCUACUUGUUGUUUGGGAUUUUUGGUAUAACUCUGGGAUAUCAUCGUAUUCUAGCACACCACAGUGUCAAGUUGCCCAAGUGGCUCGAGUACAUAUUUGCUUAUAUUGGAGUCUUAUCUAUGCAGAGGGAUCCAAUAUUUUGGGUGAGCAUGCAUAGAUAUCACCAUCAAUACGUUGAAUCCGAGAAAGAUCCACACUCUCCCACCUUUGGAUUUUGGUUUAGUCAUAUGGGAUGGCUCUUCGAUAGCGGCUAUAUUAUUGAGAAGUAUCAAGAACGUAAAAAUGUAGAAGAUUUAAAGAGUCAGAUAUUCUAUAAGUUCGUUCAAAGAACUUAUGUAUUGCAUAUAUCUACAUUUACGGCCCUCAUUUAUGCUGUAGGUGGAUUUACCUACCUUGUUUGGAUUGUGGGUGUCGGAGGCACAUGGGGUUACCAUGUGACGUUUUUAGUGAAUUCAGCUUGUCAUAUAUGGGGAAAUCAAAUAUGGGACACCGGUGACCUCUCCAAGAAUAACUGGUGGGUGGCAAUUCUUAGUUUUGGAGAAGGAUGGCAUAACAAUCAUCAUGCGUUUGAGUAUUCAGCUCGACAUGGAUUGGAAUGGUGGCAAAUCGACGUUGGUUGGUAUGUGAUAAGGUUUCUUGAAGCUGUAGGGUUAGCGACCAAUGUUAAAGUGCCAACGGAAGCUCAUAAACUUAAGAAAUCGUCUGCUUCUCAUCCCAAGUUCAAGUGA